UUCGACGAUAUCCCGCAUCACUAGUCACCGUGAAGGCAGCAGUCACCGUUACCAUGACCACAGCGGACAGGCAGCUGAAUAAUCAAACUGUGAUUUGUUUAAAGUGACGUUACGCGAUUAACAACAUUCAUAUUUGCAGAAUGUUUUUUUUUGUUUUGUUUUGUUUUGUUUUUUUAAAUGAAGCUAACUUGCUAACUUAAGGUUACUCGCUUCAGAAAGCACACCUGUGUAACGCACCGUCAUUUCUCGCUGUGGCAGGCGGCACCAAAGCUGAGAAGGUUUUACAGUUAAGGGUCAGCAGCCUUAACGCGGGAAGAGCCAACAGCCUCAAGUCAAAAGACCUCAGAAUUGAAAGGUUCAGGUCAGUUCAGUUGCAGUUCCAAGUGCCAGACAGUGACAGCAUGUCUACGGUAAUCGGGAAGAAAAAAGAGCACCAAAAAAAGGACCUGCGUAAAUUCGUGGAGCGUAAUGAUGACAAGAAGACAAAAGACAGGCCAGGACAGGUGGUGGAGGAGAAGGAGAAACAGGAGAGUAUGAAGAUUCCACUACACAAAAAGAAAAACGCAACUCUCCCUAAACAAAGUGAAAAAGCCGGCCCAUGCUGUGUCAUGUCCAGGAUUAAACAAGAUCAUUUUAAGAGGGAAGGAGAACUUGAAUUACUGGCCACUGAACGGGAGGGAGCAGAGCUGGAGGUGUGUCUGGUAGCGAGCAGGUCAGAGAUUAGGGAGUUGGACAAGGACAUUGCAGCAAAGGAGCAACGAGUGAGAGAGUUUGCAAUAAUGUUUGAGUCAGAGAAUUCCAAAUAUGAAGAGUUCCUCAAGAGGAUUGAGAAAAACUCUGCAGAUGCCAGGACACAUUUUGAAAACGAACACAAGUCUAAUCGGGAGAAGGAUGCUGUGACUGAGAAGUUAAUUGAUGAAAUAGAAACCAUUAAAAGUGAAAUCACCAAGAAUGAUGAAAUCCUGAAUCACUAUGAGAGAUUAGAGAACGUUCUGUUUAAGCUGUCACCUCCAGAGUGGCAGGAGACCCAGCAGGCUAAAGUCCCAUCUCACAGAGUCUCUCAGGAUGAGCACAACCAGAAGCCUCAGAAGUCAACAGUAAGCCAAGGUUUGGAGUCCAGUCCAGGUAGAGCCAGAGAGCCCACCCUGUCCUCAGCACCCCGUGACCCGCUGUUCACAAAUUCUACCCAGGAUGGCGACAGCUCUGAAUAUGAGCAGCUGGUGGAUAAGAUGACGGAGCUGAUGGAGCAGGUGCUGUUCUUGUCAAAGAUUUCCAGUGAGGUGAAUGAGAUGGUGAAAGACCUGCAGAAGAAGUUAAAGGCUAAAUUGAAGAAAAUGAAAGAGGAAGAAGAGAAGCUAGAAUUGCCGAUAAAAGACAUGAAGGACAGAAUUGACAAAGAGAAGAAGAGAGCUGUCGGGCUAAAGAAGAAGAUUGAGCUCCAUCACUCAAUAAAAACAGCGAACCUGGAUGCCACAUUGGACGCUCUGGACGUGAAGGUUACAGAAGUGUAUCGCUGCUGCGUGAACAAGCAGGUGACCAACAUCAGGCUCUUGGAAAAGGUGGCCAGUGUUGAGUACCGCAUGUCUUUGGUGCUGCAGCAAAUUGAGAGCAUCCCUGAAGGAAGUUUAAAACAACUGAGGAAAAUCAAGGACAGUGAGAGGAGGAGCAGGCUGUGUGAAGAAAAGCUGAGACAGCAGAGUGAGAGACGGAUAGAAAUGAUGCAGAAAUGCAUGCAAAGAUACUUGGGUGACCGUAAGAAAACAAGUGGGAGAAAACUCUUGCCCAGAUCCAAACCUGCUGAGCAGAAGUCAAAGUCACCCAAAGUCAGUGAUGAGGACGACAAUACUGCCGAGGAUGAAUUCCAUGCUUGCCUCUUUUCCAUGGAUGUAAACACAAUGUAAUUUUUCCCCAUUCCAUGCAAAGUCAAAAAUGUAGGAGAAAAUAAAAUCUCUGCUUUCCA